AUGGCAGACAAGACGAAAGUUGCUGAACAGUACUAUGCUCCCCCACCGGACUUGGGAAAAUGGGAGUCCCUCAGAAUUUUCUUAUGGAACUCCGAGACCGGACAAGUUUUGGGCCGCACGGGAUCCAGCUGGGCCAAAAUUCUCCUGUUCUAUUUGAUUUUCUACGCGAUCCUGGUUGGUUUCUUCGCGGCCAUGUUGACGAUCUUCUACCAGACCCUGGAUUCGAAGAUGCCUAAAUGGCAGAUGGACAGCUCACUCAUUGGUAGUAAUCCUGGUCUUGGAUUCAGACCGAUGCCGGACACCGCCAACGUUGAGAGUACUCUCAUUUACUACAAGGCAAAUGAUAAGGGCUCAGUGCUGAAGUGGGCUUCGGUCAUCGAUGAGUUCUUAGUUCAGUACCAGAAGAAGGGAAGUGGUGUUGGUGAAGUUAGCGGCGCUGAAAACCGGAUUCCCUGCUCCCCCACCUCCCACACUUUAGGCGAGAAGCAAGUGUGCGAUGUGCCCGUGGACGAGUUCCACCCAUGCACCCCCGCCAACCAGUACAACUAUGAGGAAGCUGGACCCUGUGUGUUCCUCAAGUUGAAUAAGAUCUUCAACUGGACUCCCAGUCCAUAUAACAAUACUGAAGAUCUGCCAUCUCUCAUGCCAGAAGAUCUCAAGCAGCACAUUAAGAUGGUUUCUGGUAAGCCAGAGGCGAACACUGUAUGGGUGUCCUGCGAGGGUGAGAAUCCAGCAGACGUGGAGAAUAUUGGCCCUGUGCAGUACAUUCCUCGUCGUGGCUUCCCCGCCCACUAUUAUCCCUUCACCAAUAAGGACGGCUACCUGAGCCCCCUCGUUGCUGUGCUCUUUGAAAAGCCUAGGACGGGCGUCCUUAUCAACAUUGAGUGUAAGGCGUGGGCGAAAAACAUCUUCUACGACCGAUACGAGCGGCGAGGCUCGGUCCACUUCGAGCUGAUGGUGGACCGCUCC